AUGUCAUCAUAAUCUCAACAAGAGGACGAUUAGGAUUAGGAGAAUAAUGAAGAACUUUAAGCAGAUGAUUUAGACUUAUCAUCGAAAUAAUAGGAAAGUGAAAAAUAAGUUAAGAGUAGUAUUAAAAAAGUAAGAAAUUAUUAAAAAGUUCCAGAGCAUCUCAAAUCAUAACUUCUUAAAUUAGUAAUUUAAUAGGGAGUUAAGAUAAAUCAAGCAGCUCAAUAAUUGAAUUUAAAAUAUGCCACAGCUAAAACAAUAGUCUUUACCUACCGAGCUCAAUCCAAACCUAAAAAAUCUAAAAACAAAAAAAAGAAAACUGCUACAAAAGUGGAAUUUGUACCAAUUCAAAAUAAUGUUGUCUAUCCUAUUCAUGUAGAAAUAUCGAUUGGAGGAAAUAUCUAAAAUAAAUUUACACUUUAAUGA